UCCCUGGCAGGCUCCCUCCUGCCCGGCACUACAGUGCACUGCCCGGCCGGCCGGGCCAUGCGAGCCUCGGUGCGAGCGGCCUGAGCCUUGGCCUGAGCUGCCACAACCCCCAACCUCACCCACGUCAUGGCGGAGGGCGAGGCGGCCAUCGCCGAGAUCAUCCCCAUCCCCAAGACGUUCCUGGAGAAGCUGCUGUUCUACACGACGGCCUUCUUCAUCCUGCUGGGGACCUUCAGCCUGUUCGCCUUCCUCUUCCUGGUGCCGUUCGUCAUCGACCCGGCCUUCACCACCAUCUUCAUGCAGUUCGCGCCGGUGCCCGCGCUGUGCGUGACGGUGGACACGUCGUCGUUCCGCGGCGCGUCCAACUGCUCGUGGGCGUCGUGCCGCGAGGGCUGCACGCGCGAGGUGUACGACUGCACGCAGAUCCGCGUCAACUACAAGAUCGUGGACUGGGCCAGCCAGGCCGGCAAGGCCGAUGACACCAACGACGUGCGGCGCCGGAAGCGACGGCGGCGGCACCCCGACGCGGACGUCGACGAGGCCGUCGUGUGGGCGGGCGGGGCCGUCAUGUCGGCCGUGGCGGCCGAGGGCCCUGGCGGCCCUGGCGGCCCAGGCAGGGCGCGGCGCUGGGCCAGCCGCCGGGACGAGGACUGGUGGUCGACGCGGCAGCGCUGGCAGGACCGGGACCACCAGCCCCUCGCGCCGCGCAACGACGAGCCCCCCGUGGACGACUACCCCGUGAUCGCCUCCAUCGACGACGACCUGGACAUGGACGCGGCGCGGGGGCUGCACGACCUGGACGCGGCGCUCGACGCGUCCAUGGACGUCCUGGACGGCGCCACCCCCACCGGGCUCCAGGGCAACGACUCGGAGUGGUACUUCGUGGGCGCGCGCCUGUUCCCCAACGUCAAGGGCUGUGGAUAUCCGCCCAUGCUCAACUGCUCCGUCUUCCUCAAGAAGUACCGCGAGAUCGGCACCAACUUCACGUGCUUCUACAGCAAGAUCGACCCGGGGCUGGUCAUCGAUGACCUGGACAUGUGGCAGGUGUACAUGAACCUGGUUUACGCCAUGGCGAUCCCCAUCCCCUCCUUCAUCAUCUCCAUCAUCUACCUGACGGUGGCGUACUUCAAGAUCUACGCCACCGAGGACGACGCCAACGCCACCGGCGUCGAGAACACGCCCCUGCCCGGGUCGCCGCUGCCCGGAGGCACGUCGGGGGGCAUCACGCCGAUCAGCGAGGUGUUCCGGGACGACAUGGCGAGCUUCGGCCACCAGCUCAAGGUGGCCAUGGUGGACGAGAUGUCGAGGGACAGCGUCAUGGACGCGUGCAUCGUCACGUCCAACUCGAUGGGCAACUGCGUGGGCAGCAUCGGCACUCCGCACGGAAACUUGAGCAGGACAAUGACGACCAGUAUCACAACUCCGCCUGGGCCGAUAGCGGAGCUCUGAAACGCAGUUUCCAAGGCCUGGGCAACAUCAACUGGAGACCCAAGUAACGCGUGCCAUUACUGUAGCCCCUCGGCCUUCGCACUUUCCAUCAGUAAGUACGCGUGACGCACUCGGCACUUGGACGCACCAGGGAGUCUUUGUUUUCUCUCGGGUGAGAGUCACAAAACUUGCCAAAAACUUUUGCACUCCUACUGAUAAACGAUGGAGAAAAAUCGGUUGUAUCUGUGCGAAAUACGAAAUGUGAUAUUACAUACACUGCAAAACUGACGCCUUUCUCACUUUUGGAGGUAUUGCGAACUGAGGACUUAUCUGUACAGUCCCACGAAACAGGGUCUAAAAUACAGACGGCUUUUGUGGAUUUCGUCCAUGAGCAGCGUUUAAGUGGUUUUCUUCCUAAUCAGUGUGAUUAGUCUUAGUCGUACAGUCUACCGCAAAACCUCUUGAUGGUCGGAAGGCCUCAGUGUUUCAGUGCAGGUCCUUCAAAAUGAGUUUAAGUGUAAGCCACUGCAUUUUUAUAGAAAUAUUAGACUACUGCGUUAAGUGUUUUCAUGUGUUGUGUUGUUAUUGUGUCGUUUUGAUCGCUCAUACACUUGUGGAAACAUAUUGUCAAGGUCUUCCCCACUUGACUAAUAUACAAAAGCAAGUUCUUUUCUUUGGUAUGAACUCCCCAGGAAAGUUGAGCUCUAAUAAAAAGAAUUAUGUUGUCAUAAUAAAGCCGUGGCUUCAAGUUCUUGUUCUUCUCUGUCACUGCCCUUCGGAAACGUUUCCUUGCCUACCUCUUACCUGUUCACUCCCAGUGUGGGCGGUAAGCCUGCGACGCAGCGUUACCUGAUUUUAGACAUUUGUUGAAACAAUCGACUUGUUUACAUGCAUUCUGCUCUUGCGCAGAAACUUACUGAACUUUUCAAUUUUGUAGUUGUUGAUCUUUUCCAAAUUUAAUAUAAGGAUGUCUUCUUGUACGUUUGGCUUUUCAACUUUAUCUCGUAAAGUUUGCUCAGAACCUUAAAAAAAAGUAAUAAUCUAAAGAUGAAAAGGAGACUGUCCUGUAAAAAAAA